AUGCCCUGCCUUCCCUUGCCCUUCGAGCUGUGGCUUGCAAUCCUGGAGCCCAUGGCCCAGGAGGUCGUAACCGCCAAGCGCAGUAACCGAUUCAUCAGGCCCGGCUAUGGCGCUCUGGCUUCCGUCUGCCGCCAUUGGCAACUCAUUUUCGAGCCGAAGAUCUUCGAGCGCCUGACACUGAGAGCGGAAGAUGUGCAAUUUAUCAACUUUGCUGUCCGGGAGCGCCGCAGACACAUGGUCAAACACAUCUGGUUCAUCGUCGAGUUUAAUAUGUACUCUCCUUACAAUUCAGAGCUCAACCGCCAAGACCCUCUCGACAAUAUUCCUUCGUACUUCUUCUGGAAUGCGAUCAGCAGCCUUUUUCUACAAUUGAGCCUUUGGGAUGCACCAUAUGCUCGGGGCGACUCAGGAAUCACUCUCGAGCUCAGCAUGUGGUCCCCGAGUGACAACAAAUAUUGCUUCCAGGACAUCGACUUCGGCGAAGGAGAUUGUCUCGACUCAUUCCUAGAUAUUGAGGAAGACUUUCUACUGCACACUGUCCCGCUGCACGCACCAGCUCAUGGUUGGGCUCAAGGCUCGAGAUUUCGGUCAGCCACAACAAUGGAGUGGCAAAAAAUACGGCAUUUCAUUCAGUUUUGGGGAGACGUCGAGAUGUUCAGUGUUGUCGCAGUGACCGGCCUCCUCCUUCGGCGCCAGACCAGAACAGAUUUACACCACACCGCGUACCAGGCUAUCUGCAACAAGCUGCCAAACUUAGCUCAAAUCCAUUUGGAAAUGUGGCAGGAGUGGGAAGAACCAAGAAUCAAGGACAAGACUCAAGAACUAAGAAUCCUCUUAGCAACGGCCUUCCCGCGCACUCUCGAGCGUGCGACUUUGCUAUAUGACACUACCGAAGCAAUACGCGAUGAAUAUGACGAUGAGCUCACCGAUACACUCCACAAGUUGCGCAACGAGUUGGCAUAUCAACUUAUCCACUUUAGCCUAUCCCUCAAAAGUUUUACUUGCUCUUUUAUUUCCACUGCUGACGAGUUUUUCGAUCAUUACCUUUACUCGACCCACUUCUACAAUCGACGUUUAGAUGCUAGACAAACCGAAGUGGCUCGUGAAAUGAAAUGGCACUAUUUGCAGCAGUUCACCAUGACUUCACCGAGCCUGCAACCAGGAGCCCACGUGUCCGAGAUCACACAACUGGUCUAUUCUGCAGGCCUAGCAGCACUUGACAUGCCCUUUGUGAGAAAGUUCCGAUUAUGGCACGGUGGCGACGACCAUGCAUCACUUUUGAGCUUCGAGGUUGAAGCCGACAAUUGCCUGAGGAUCCAUUAG